GAACCGAGCAGAUCCGAACUCUAGUGCUUUACCCCACUCGGUGUUAUCGGUUGUAACCGCGUGCGUUUUUUUUUCCGAUCUACAAACGUCAGUAAAUCAUUGUUAUUGGAUUAAUGGUCGAUCAAUGACUCAUGUGUUGACACCUGAUUUCUGAUUAAACGGGUGCGGUGAAUUGAAAUUUUAGAGUCAAGGGAUUCAGGAUCGAUUUGUGUUUUUGGGAUAAUGCGAGACAUUUGGCUGAUCAACGGUGUCUGUUUCUACUCCAGUGCCUGGAUGUUGAUCGAGGGGAUGCUCCAGGGUUCACGGCGAUGAUCACUGAUUGAUGCAUCGUUCAACCGUUGACAGAUCUGAUGAGUCGACAAUUAUCGCUUGUCGAUUGAUGGUUUAUCAGUCGUGCGCGAAAACUGCGUAAUUCCGGGGAGUUGUGCGACGUGGAAAUUGAGUUUGUGACGUUAUCUGUGAUCGAGGAAAUCGUGCUGCGAGCAUUAUUUUGAUGAAAUUUUAAAUAGUGAAACUGGUUAAUUGUGUGUUAUCGAGGAAUCUUCGGCCGGGAUUAAAGGGAAACGGUGCGGCAAGGGAGUACGUAUGUGUCACAGGGUUGAAGACGAGGAAAAGAGGAAGCGGCGUAUGACCGCGGUGUACUGAAUGCCAUAAUAUUGUUUGUCCGCAAACAAAAUUUUUUUUCCCCCUCGAGACGUUGGUGGGCUCUCUGAGGCCCGCCUAUAUCAUCGGCCAAGCUGGCGAGCGCUCUGACUGCUGGUAUGAACCCCCACCAUCCGGGACACACAGCAGCCUACCCCCAUCAUCCCUCAUUAUCAAGUAGUCCACACCACCCAGGAGCGGGUGGUCCUCAUCACGGUGGUUACGCAACAGGCAACAGCAGCAGCGGUGGUGGCAGUGGAGGUGGCAGUGGUAGUACAUCAACCCCAGAUCUACCAAGCCCUCACUCACCACCAAGUCAUUCAGGACAAACAGAUCCUGGUACACCUUAUGGCUCACUGGGUGGAACACCUGGUAUGGGUAGCAAUGGUCAUCAUCAUGGUGGUGGUAUGAUGGGUGACAAUCCCCAUCAUCCUGUCCACACGCAUCCACAUUUGCCAGGGCAUCCGGCGUAUCCGCCUGUCAAUCACAACAACAAUUGUACAUUGAAGCAGGAGGGCGGUCAGCAAGGAUCGAUGAUCCACACAUGCAGUGGAUGUGGUGGUAGGAUAGUCGAGAGAUUCUUCUUGCACGCGAUCGACCGCUACUGGCACAACAGUUGUCUCAAGUGUGCUUUUUGUAACCAUCCCCUGGCAGAAAUGGGCGCUUCGUGCUUCAUAAAGAAUGGACAGGUCCUCUGCAAACCUGACUACACGAGAAUGUAUGGGAGUACAGCUCAGUGCGCGGGCUGCUCGCAGACAAUACCUGCAGAUCAAUUGGUAACGAGAGCGGCGGGGGUUGUGUUCCAUCCUAAGUGCUUCGUCUGCAGCAAGUGUGGGGAGCCAUUAUUAUCCGGUGCCAAAUACACUCUGAUGUCAGGUCAACCAGUGUGCGAGCCAGACUGGCACAAGCUGAUGAAGUCGUCGUCGGUGGCGUCAACCGGUGGUGUUCAAACGAUAACAGGAAACGGUGGUGCACCACAACGGAAAAACAAGGUGGGCCGACCUCGGCGAAGUCGUGAAUGAGGCGGUAACCCGGUCGG